AUGGUCAAGGAGACCAAGUUCUAUGACGUCCUAGGGGUCGAUCCUUCGGCCUCGGCUGACCAGCUCAAAUCUGCUUACAAGAAGGGAGCUCUGAAACACCAUCCAGAUAAAAACGCAAAGAACCCUGAUGCUGCCGAAAAAUUCAAAGAUCUAUCACGAGCGUAUGAAAUACUUCAGGAUCCUCAGAAGAGGCAACUGUACGAUCAAUAUGGAGAGGAGGGCCUCGAACAGAGCGGCGCCGCUGGUGGCAUGAAUCCUGAAGACUUGUUCGCGCAAUGGUUUGGAGGUGGCAGCGCAUUUGGCGGCAUGUUUGGUGGUGGAAUGAGAGAUACUGGCCCAAAGAAGGCUCGUACAAUUCACCACGUCCACAAGGUCUCACUUGAGGACAUCUAUCGCGGCAAAGUCUCAAAGCUAGCCCUGCAGAAGUCAAUCAUCUGCCCAGCUUGUGAUGGUCGUGGAGGCAAGGAAGGCGCUGUCAAAACAUGUACGGGCUGCAACGGUGCAGGUAUGAAGACCAUGAUGCGACAAAUGGGACCUAUGAUUCAGCGAUUUCAAACCGUCUGUCCAGAUUGCCAAGGAGAGGGCGAAAUUAUUCGUGACAAGGACAGGUGCAAGCGCUGCCUGGGCAAGAAGACUGUAGUAGAACGAAAGGUUCUGCAUGUACAUGUCGACAAGGGAGUCAAGAGCGGUCACAAGAUUGAUUUCCGUGGUGAGGGCGAUCAAAUGCCUGGAAUACAACCAGGAGAUGUGCAAUUUGAAAUUGAGCAAAAGCCACAUACGAGAUUCCAACGCAAAGAUGACGACCUUUUCUACCAUGCCGAGAUUGAUCUAUUGACCGCUCUAGCGGGUGGUGCUAUCAAUAUCGAGCACCUGGAUGAUCGAUGGCUGACGGUCAACAUAUUCCCGGGGGAGCCAAUCACACCUGGUCAAAUUAAAGUCAUCAAAGGCCAGGGUAUGCCAUCUUUUCGGCAUCAUGACUUCGGCAAUCUCUACAUCCAAUUCGACGUCAAAUUUCCGGCGGCGGAAGAAAUGCGACAUCUUGAACUGCUUGAAAAGGUUCUACCCCCUCGCCCUCGUCAACUUCAGCCUCCUGCGGAUGCCAUGAUUGAGGAUUUCGACCUCGAAGAUGUCGACCCUCGUGGUCAAGCACGAGCCCAAGGUGCAGCAGGAGCAGACGAGGAGGAGGAAGAUGGCAUCCCUCAUGGCGCUGAAAGGAUGCAAUGCGCUUCACAAUAA